UUGUACAUCCCUGCCUUCCGUAAGCAUUUACCAAAAUUUCUCAGGCUUUUUAUUAUUGUGCUAUUUAUGAAUGCUAAUUUGUGCUUAAUUAAUAUACAAUAUUAUUGCCAACUGAACAACUAGAAUGUGAAUAUGCUAAAGUAUAUUAAAAGGCAGACGAGCCGCCGACGCAGCUCUCACGACACGGAUGCUAACAACGAAGAUGAUGAUGUGGUCGAUUGCGCGGCAGCGGCGCAAAAGCGUCACUCGCUGCGCUCAACAACAAGUUUCUGUGAUGAAGUCUUCAUGGAGGAGGAGGCGGAGGCGACAUUGUCAGCAACUUCGGAUGCAGUCAGUUUAGGCAACAACAGCUUGCUAAAUGUGGGGCCAGCUGAUGAAGAUAUAUUCAAAUAUAGCUCGCGUCUAUCGAUGACGCUAACGGCUAUUGUCAGUGAGCCCGAUUGCCUCAGCUACUUUGUACAAUAUUUGGAGGCGCAGCAGGCGCUACCGCUAAUCAAAUUCUAUCUGGACAUAGAGAACUUUAAGCGCGCAGCAUUAAAUCAACUCCAACAGCAGAAGCAGCAACAGCGACCAAAUGAUUUAGCAACAGAAGCAGAAGCAGCUGCAGUCGAUGCACAGCAGCAGGAGGAGGAGGAGGCGCCUGCUGUGAACGGAGCAGAUGAGGAGAACGAUGUACCUGAACUGAAAACUCUGUGUGACUUGUCAAUGCGCAAGCCACUCACCGAUGAUGAAAAGAGUCGCAUCUAUGCGGAGACCAGCAAACAGAUGAACAAUAAACCAGCAACAACGACGACGAUGACGUGUCGCCACAAAGUUACUACAACAACGGGACAGCAGUCGAUAAGUGCGGCGAGCAUCAACGAUGCGAUUGCCAUUUAUCAAAAGUAUUUAAUUGUGAAUGCGCCUCUGAUGGUGGACCUGCCCAUUGUCAUCCUGGCGCACAUUUCACUGCUUCUGUGCGGCAAGGGCAGCGAUAAACCGAUACCAGCCAGUUGUUUUGAUGAGGCGCGAGACUAUGUGCUGCAACAGCUCGAGCAGGAUCAUUUGCAGUGCUUCCGGCAGAGCAGCUACUAUUGCAAAUACUGUGUGGAACUAAUCGAGGGCAAUGCCGCAUCUCUGAAUAUCUACGAUGUGCUGUACGAUGAGCUGGCACUGUUUUAUCUAACCGAAUAUCUGGAACAGCAGCAGGAGCGUGAAUGCCUCGAGUUCUGGAUAACGGCCAUAAAUUUUCGCAAGAGCUACGAUGAUCAGCGUGUUGCUCAGUCAGAUGCGAUGAUCAUCUAUGAUCGUUACUUUUCUCUACAGUCCGAGUGUCGUUUGUGGAUGUCACAGAAGCUUCGGCUGCGCGUCGAGCAGGCUAUUUGUGCGCCCGGCCAGCUGGCGCAAGCCUUCGAUUUGGCACUGCUAGUCACUGCCAAAUAUCUGGAGCAGAAGUACUUUGCCGCCUUUCUCAAAUCCCACAUAUUCGACAAGUAUGUCAAUGAGCUUAAGUUGAAGACGUGCCCCGGUCAAGCGUCGGAUGAUGCCACGAAUUCCUUUAGUCUGCCGCACAAGCUAAGCCUGCGUGGAGCACCAAAGCUGAGCGCACAACAGCAACGGCGGCAUCGCAAAACCAUGUCCAUGUCGGACUGCACGCCUAUAUCACAGCACAAUACACUGCUCGCUGGUCAGGAGACGACACACAAACCAAUGCUAAAGUCGACGACAACAACAACGGGGGCUAAUAUGAACAUCGAUGCCAGGCAGCUUACAAACCCCCAACUGCUGUGGCAACGUCCAGUGAGUGCUUUAAAAUUUGGACAUGUGAAUUCACUGGGUCGCUAUGAGCGGGACUUUGAGGCUGUCGAUGCUGUCGCGACGCAUAAGGCACCAGCCUGGUCGCUGAGCGUUAAGAAUGCUAUGAGGAAGUUGGUCAAUCUGCCGGAGGAUAAUGUGCAGGAGGAGAUUGCCUGGCAGGUGGCCGAAAUGAUUGUCAAGGAUGUCACAAGCGUUACGCUCCACGGCAAACAUUAAUUGUAAUGCAAUAUUUAUUUAGUUUAUACAACCACAAAACAUAUUAUUUAUGAUUUGGCGCUCAAAUUUUUGAUGAAUCUCGCGUCUCAAGAAUUGCACAAAUUCGAAACGAAAGCUCUCUCCUAUAGCAGUGCUCUCUCUUUGAUGCUCUCUCUCUAUCUCUUUUUACACUACUAAACAAAUAACAGUCUUACGUUUGAAGAAGCUACUUAAUUUGUAUAACUAAGUUUAACUUUAACUUGUAAAGCUUGUAAAGCUUAUUAAAAUUCAAGUUAUUCUUGUUCGCCUGCUCAUUUGUUAUGUAAAGCACACACACACCACACAAAGCUAACGCAAGUUUCCUUGAUUUUGUACCUAUUAUACAUAUAUACAAAAUGCACUUAUCUCGGAUAUUAGAAAGAAAGCUUCUUCCGCAGGCUAACUAUAAUUUAACACUAUUUGAAUUUGAAAAUUCAUUCCGCUAUAUAUAUACUUAUCUUUUAUUUUAUAUAGAAUAUGUAUACCUAUGCAUAUACAUACAUAUUUUUGCAUACUGAAAAACUAUAUAACAAGAUAAUUGUUACAAAUACACUUUUUACUAUAACAAUGGAUACAAAUAUAUCUUGUAAAAAAUAA